UUCUAUGAGAGAAUGGAGUGAAACACAUAAGGGAGUGUUGUGAGAUCCUUUUAUUUUCUAUUUCUAACAUUCCUUUCAGGUUUCAAUCAUGUCAAGCGGUGAUGAUAGAAAACACCAAGUGGAAGAUUCCUUCAUGCUGAAAGCUAUGCAACAACAAUUUCAAAGGCUAGACAUCAUGUUUGGUGAAAUUAAAGACAAAAUGGAAAAGCAAGAUGCAGCCAUUGCCAAGUUAUACCGAAUAAAGAAUGGAAGUCCAAAUUUGCAUAAUCACGAUCUUGCUGACAAUGAUGAAGAUGCAUUCAACGAUGAUGCCCAGAACUCGAAUUUCAGCAUGGACAGAUUUAUGAGAGGCAGCAUCAAGAUGAAGAUUCCUCCAUUUCAAGGCAAAAAUGAUCCAGAUGUGUAUUUGGAGUGGGAAAAGGAGGUGGAAUUGGUGUUUGAUUGCCAUAACUAUUCUGAGGAGAAAAAGGUGAAACUAGCAGCGGUGGAAUUUACUGAUUACACUGUGGUGUGGUGGGAUCAGCUUGUGCUUAGUCGACGUAGAAAUCGAGAGCGUUCUGUUGACACUUGGGAAGAGAUGAAGGUUGUGAUGAGAAAACGGUUUGUUCCUAAUCACUACUACCGCGAUCUCUAUCAACAAUUACAAGGCCUUACUCAAGGGUCCAGAAGCGUUGAGGAUUAUCAUAAGGAGAUGGAAAUCGCAAUGGUUAGAGCGAAUGUCGAAAAGGAUAGAGAAGCAACAAUAGCACGGUUUCUACAUGGUUUAAAUCGUGAUAUAGCUAAUGUGGUGGAACUGCAGCAUUAUGUUGAAUUAGAGGAUAUGGUGCACAUGGCAAUGAAAGUAGAAAGGCAACUCAAGUGUAAAGGUGCCACCACCAGAGCUGGGCAAAAUCCAGGGCAUAUUGCAUCGCAAUGCCCUAAUAAGCACAUGAUAAUCUUGAAAGAGGAUGGAGAAAUUGAAACAAAGGGUGAAUCUGAUGAUGACUCUAUGCCACCAUUGGAAGAUGCUGAUGAUGGCAUGGAAUAUGCUAUUGAUGGAGAACUGCUUGUCACUAAGCGUGCUUUGAAUGUGCAAGCCAAAGAAGAUGAUGAACUAGCAUUGUUUUGGUUGAAAAGCUUAAUUUACCUAUGAAGAAGCAUCCAAGGUCAUGUAAGCUGCAAUGGUUAAAUUAUUGUGGAGAAAUUAAGGUAAAUAAGCAAGUUCUGGUUUC